AUGGAGCUCCGUCCACUCCGUGUGAUGAUCUCAGAGAUUAAACCAGUUCUGUCUGUGGAGCCGAAUUCACCUCAAGUAUUCAGAGGAGAGACGGUUACACUCACAUGUAGGAUUUCAGGAGGAAGUGGACCGUACAACUGGUACAAAGAUGGUGGUUAUAGUCACAGAUCUGCUGAAAAUUACUACACUAUAAAAGUAGAUCAGAGUCACAAAUACAGCUGUUACGUGUCUAUUGAUGGAUGGUCAACGCCAUGGAGUAAUGAAGUGAUCCUCUCAGUGAUAGAGAGACCAAAAGCCGUUCUGACUCUGCAGCCUGAUGGACAGAUAUUCAGUGGACAGGAAGUCACUUUCACAUGUGAAAUACGAGGACAUGCAGACACUGAGUGGAUGUACAACUGGAAUAAAGAUGGUGUCCAAAUAUUCUCCUACACUAAGAGCAGGAAAUAUUCAUUCACUCCUGUAGAGUCUCAGAGCGCUAAAUACACCUGCAGCGGACGGAGAAGAAGCGACUCUCAGACCUCAGAGACCAGUAACACUGUUACACUCACUGUGUCAGGUGUGUGUGUGUGUGUGUGUGUGUGUCUGCAGUCUGCUGCAUGGAAGUUUUACUGGAUCAAACCCACUCAGAGCACUGAGACUGAGACUGAAACAGACUACUACAACAUCAGCUCCGUUAGAGACUCUGAUGGAGGUCAGUACAGGUGCAGAGCUGGAAGAGGAAACCCAGUCUACUACACACACUACAGUGAUGCACUCUGGGUAAAUGUUACUGGUUCAACAUACAAUACUGUUAUAGUAUUUGUGGCUGUGGGACUGAGUUUGGCCUUUCUGUUCAUCAUCCUUUUACUGAUCCUGCAUUGGUGGCACAAAUCCAACAAAGGAAAGGACAGAGACAUACAGCAGAACAGCAAUCAGACACCAGGCCAGAACCCGAGUCAGUCAGGAGCCGAGGAUUCUCAAUCAAGACACACUCCACUUCAGACCGAUGUGCACAUUUAUGCCACUGUGGAGAACGCAAGUAAAAGUGACUCUGCAGCUGAACCCAGUGGGGCCAUUUAUGCACAGGUCAUGAAGAAAAAGGAGUCAUACAAGAAUAAAAGUGGAGUAUUUUUAUACUGCAACUUCACAUUUUAUAUAUAAAAACA